CUUCUACGGUGCUUCGGGUUCUGGUAAAUGCAACUCAAGGGUCUGCUUCUUGCUGCUGGCGCGAGAAGUCAGGGACGUGUACACAGGAUGCAAGUCCGAAGAAAACACGCCGAUGGUGGGGCUGGAGGUAUGGCCCUUGGGCGAGCGUGCAAAGCCCGACGUCCUGGGCCGCGUGGGCGACUCGUACAGGGAUCCUGCAGCAGCAAGCGUUCCUGAGUCGCAUAGGCGAGAUAAGCGAGAAGCGUACCAAGGGCUCAUGCCUGGUAUGCUCAAUCAAAUGCUCAUCAAUCAGGCCCCUGUCAUUCAGAGCCUUCCUCACUUCCCUAGCGGGCCUGCACGGGGAGCGAACGACCCACGGGACAUAGAUGGACGAGCUGCCGUACCAUCUGCCAAGCCGUCGCUGGACGCACAAGGUGUCGUAGCUCUGUUGCCUUUGACUAUCGGCGACCGCAUCGCCGGUGCGCUGUGGAUUGUCCGGUACGGCUCCACAACGGCAGUGGACAAACCGACGGCACUGCUGCAAUCCAACCCAACAACAGCCGCAACACCAGCAGCUACCGGACUAGUCGCCGACUCAGCGGCACUUCAUCGCGGCGACAGUGGUAUCCUUGUUAAUGCUGCAGCCGCCGCCGUCCGUGGCAACAUUGUUGCUCAACCGGCGCCUUGUCCCCACCUUCUUACCAGCCCUCAGGCGCUUCAACAAUUAGGGCUCAGCGCAUCCUUGUGCCUGUUAGGCCCUGAAAGGGACUUCACAGCCAGUCUGUGCGAAAGCCUGCGCCAGCUUUCAUCCGCCUCCAGCAUGCAGCAGCUGGUAAGCGCCCUGUGUGACGCCCUCGGCUGCCGCAUGCGAGAGCACUUCCUGCUGGAGCCCCGUGUCUUUGCGGCGCUGGUGCCGGAAGCGACCUCUACUGUGGGCCUUAUGUUUGGUACCCGGCCGUCCGCCGCCACGCCCGCAAUAUCGCGAUCCACUGCCAAGAUUUCCCGCCUGGCCAGCAGCGGCGGUAUGGACGUGGUGAACUCCACAGACGGCCGGAGAGAUACCAUGCGGCCGCUGUCACCACGGGUUGCGAUGAUAAACGGCAAGGACUCCUUCUCGCUCAGCGGCCGGCCCGCAUCAGAUAACAUUCCAAGUAAUCUGCCGCAAAACGGUGGCGGCGGCGGUAACGGUAGCUCGCCCGAACGCGAUGGUGGCACGCCGCUCCGCGCGUUGCGCACCCAGGGUGUGCUUCGCGUGAUGCCUCUGACACAAGCUGAUUUGGCACUAGUUGAUGCCACGCUAAGCGGUGUCGGCGCCAACAGCGCCCCAAGCGUCCCUGUCGCCUCUGGCAGCUUCAUGGCGCUGUGUGUCAAGCCCUUUCCUCUGGCGCAGACACUGCUACGCCACGCGGUACGGAAAGUCGUCAAUGCCACCGCUGCCGCAGCGCAGGCGGCUUCUGGAUACAGCAGCUCCGACUCAGCAGCUGGCAGCGGCGGGCGCGAACGCCGCUUCCGUGCUUAUGGGGCAGAGGUGGCGGACUGCGCGCUUCAUGUGCAGGAUCCGAAAAAACCUUCCCGUGAUGUCUUGUUGCUUAUUGCAAACGGCGGCGCCAUCGCGGCACCCAGCUCGAUAACCCCCAAUGGCGCCGCCGGGAUCACGAGCCUUUGCGUUAAUGCCAGCGGCGGUUCCACGUCAGGCCGCCGAACCGUGAGUUCUCUACUGCUGCUGGUGCUGCCCUUCAGCGACGGCAAGGCGAUGCUCGGGCUGUACGUCACCUUCCCGCAAACGCUGCCGCAGCAAUUGCUGCGGCAGGCACGGAGCACACUUCUGGAGGUCUUGGAGGUGUGCUAUCCCAUCUUGGAACGGAAGCUCUCCACUGACUUGGCGGUGGAGCUGGAGACGCUCGUCACCGCGGCACCUGGCUCUUACGCCGUCCUGGAAGCCCCGGAGGCAGAUGCCUGCACCCCCACCUCCGCCACCGUUGCUGCCAAUGUCAUCGAAUGCAGCACCGGCUGCAACACGCUGCGCGCCUCCGGUAGCAAGCUCAUCCUACAGCAGUCUGGCGACGCCGAACCGCAGCCCGAACGCGUGGUGCCUAUAUAUAGCCAGCUUGUGCAAUCGUUUCUGUAUGACAGCCGUGGCGGCGGCGGCAUCGGCGGGCCCGGCAGCAGCACCCUCCCUGGCGGCGGCGGUGGCGGCGGCGGCGCACUGGCCGCCACACGCAGCCUGAACCUCAUGGACACGCACUCGGACCUGUCGCAGCUGGAGUUGCACUCCCAACUCGGGCACGGGGGCUGUGCGGUGGUGUUCAAGGGCACGCUGGGCACCUUGGACUGUGCCAUCAAGGUGGAUGGUACGGACACCGCCUCUGGACGGGAUGUCAUGACGCUCAAGUGGUCGGGUGGGGACGGCGGUAAUGGCGAUGGGAAGGUCGGAAGCCGGGGGGAGGCGGACGACGGCAGCACUAGCCUGGCAGCCCGUCGUGCUCUGCUGCGCAAUGCCAUGGAGCUGGCGGCCAUGACCAGCAUCAGCCACCCAAACGUCAUGCAGGUAUACAGCACGUUCAGCAACGUGACGCUUGGCCGCCGCCUGGCACCGGACGGCUCGGACCGCUUUUACCUCAAGCCGGUGGAUGGCACCAUGAGCACGCUCCCCGAUGCGCCGCCCAUAUGCGUGGCAAUCGUGUGUGAGUGGUGCGACAAGGGUUGCCUGGGAAGCGCCCUGCAGAAGCGCUCCUUCCCGACACUGCUGCCCCAGAACAGCAAGAAACUGGGCAGCCAGCAGGCCUCGGGCAACAGCGCGAGCAGCAACGUCAUCGGGGGCAGCAAAGCGGCCCGGUAUGAUUUCAAGGGAAUACUCAUGACCCUCCUAGACGUGGCGAUGGCGCUGCGGCACCUGCACGCACAUAACAUCAUUCACCGAGACGUCAAGCCAGCCAAUGUCCUGCUGAAGAGCAACGUAAUGGACCCUCGAGGCUUCACGGCCAAGCUCGCAGACUUUGGAUUCGUCACACUGUUGAACCAGCCCGGGGACGAAAAGAGCGGCGGCGAGCCGUUUGCCUGGGUGGACGAGACCUGCGGCACGGUGACCCACAUGGCUCCCGAGUGCUGGCAGAAACCGCACCGCCUCGAUGCAAGCUGUGACGUGUACAGGGAAAUGACGUCUGGAGGAUCUCGACCCUAUCCGGAGGUACGCGCACUUCGGGAGCUCUCAUCCACACCACCCACGGCCACGGCUGCGGGCACCUGGUCCUUUGUAUGGAUGUUGAGUGGGGUUCAACCCAGCAACAUCGCCCAAGUGGUCAAGCGAGGGGCACGACCCGUGUUCGACGAGGGUGUACCCGUGUCGUACAGGUUUCUGGCUCAGCGCUGUUGGACCACAGAGCCCGCUAGCAGGCCCCGGACUUCGGAGCUGGUGACCUCCAUUAGCCAGAUGCUCAGCAAGAUGUGA